CUCGCCAAAUGCAUCAAUAUGGCCGAUGAAGUGUUUUUGAAAAUAGUUGGUCUAGGGGUCCGCAUCAGCUGAUGAGUGAAGUGAUCUGUUGACACAGUUUUUCGUGUUUUGAUGGGCAACGAAGUAACCAUGUGCUUGUUACCAUGGGCGCGAUCGCAUCGGUCCUCCAAUGGCAUUGUUCGGAGUGUAACGUUAUAAACCCCACUGAAAGGACGAAAUGCAUUAGAUGCGGACAGUGUAGGCGAAACAAAGACGAAGCAGCUGAACUGAGCCCCAACAAGAACUGCACAGUAAUAAAACGUCUAAAAGACAACACAAGUUCAGCUACAAUUAACGAGAUCAAAAUCCCAGUGGAGAAAAAUUGCUCCGCCUUGCUCCUAAACACAUUUCUCCUACUAAAAAGAAGCGCAUCUGUUGGUAAUAACGAUAAAAACCCACCUAAACAUUCCAUUGUAAGAUCAUCUAGUCUACCCGAUGUGAGUUAUCUCUGUAACUGCGAGCAGUGUGAGUUAACGAUAAAAUCAACGUCGCACAGAUGUUUCAUAUGUGAUAAUAAUUUAGUUAUAAUGAACGUGGCCCGCUCGCCUUGCAAAAAUUGUUCACUACCCCCCAUCGAACAACCAGUGUACCGAAAUUACGAUUUUUACAAUUGCAAGUGUGAGAAGAAGUCCGGUUUUAUUUCUUUGGCAAAUAUCAAGAGUUAUAGUUGUUUGGUGGCGCAAAAACAAGGGAAGAUUGAUGGGGAAAUGCCAUUAAAUAUUCGCACCACUGCCAGUGGGAUAAAUAAAGAUUCUUUGGUAGGAGCCAGUAGCAAUUACAUGUGGAGCGUUAAUAGUGCCAUUCCUACCACUACGUGGACUUGUAAGAGGUGUACAUUGUUGAACAGCCCCAAUUUCGUUGUGUGUGAAGCCUGUGAGUCACCAUAUUCGCCGGAUAUGAACAGCAAUGUCAGCCCUAGUGUUAUAAUUAAGGUUGAUAACUGGGCAGACAAUGAAGCAUUAAAAAACAGCCACCCCGUCUCGGUUCGGCCAUCGUAUCGACGAUCUUUCAGCGAAAUUUCGCCGCAAAAUUUACCGAACUUAAAUCGCAGAAGCCUUGACAGCGACCUGUUGCACGCAGGCGCACUAUUUCCGAAAUCUAGCGCAUCCAUGACUGACAUACAGGUAUCUCAACAGCCGAUAAUGGGACCGCGCGUGCGCUCUUUAAACGCCAACCGGAGCGCGAAUGACGUUUCUGUCGGCGACGCGCCUGCGCAGGACACUCUCUACACUUACAUCGGGAUUUCCGAGCCGGAAAAAGCGCGUUCUGUGAAUUAUUACGAAAACGACAGCGUUGUUAGUACUCAUAAGAAAAGCAUGGAGUUUGAUGCCGAGCAACACGAAAAAAUCAUGCAAGCUUUAAAACAGAGUACCGCCGCGCCGGCGCCGUGGUCUUUUAACGAACGCCGCUGGACUUGUAGGUUAUGUUCCUUUGCUUACAACCAUUUUGACAGCGAUCGCUGCGUCAUCUGUCGGAGCUUGCGCAGUCAACCUUCUCUAAACCAGCCGUGCACGAUUACUGUGACUGAAGACAGAACCAUAUCUGGAUCUAGCACACUCCCUCUAGAUAGGACGGAGCUGCAAGUCCCCAUCGCCACCCUCGACCAGGGCCUCGAAGACGACUUCCUCCUCCCCUCGGACGCGGAAACCUCCCCCGCGGAGGAACCGCCCUCGAAAUGGACGUGCAAAAAGUGCACGUUGGUGAACAGCGGUCGUUCGCUGACCUGCGAAGCUUGCUGCGGCUCGAAGCUGCGCAGCGUGUCGGUCGGAGCCGACAUGACGCUGCGCAAAGGGGAGUUCUGGACCUGCUCGAAGUGCACGCUAAAGAAUCCGCUGGGGAGUACAGUGUGUAAAGUUUGCAAGAAGGAGAAGGUGUUGUUGGAGGUGGCUGUUGCUGUGCCCAGAAGUCCUAGUCCCAGGCAUACGGGUGCCAGAAAACACAUCUGCAAAAAUCAGCACUCUGUUAGGCACGCGCGGGGUGGAGGAGCCUCCACUUCAUCAACUACAUCUCACCACUCUCGCCACAACGGCGUCCUUAAUAUGGACCGUGAAGGAGCCUCGUCGUCUUCGUCGACGUCAUCGAACGGGGGCGGUUCCGCAUGCGCAGUGGCAAUCUCGCUGCCCGCGGUCUUCCCGCCCGUUCUGCCGCCCCUCGGUUUGGCGGGGCAGCCGUGGCAGUGUUCGUUGUGUACGUUCGAGAACACCAAGUCCCAAAUAAUCUGUGAUAUGUGCCAGAGGAUGCGCGAGGAUGUCAGAACGGGCCCUCCACUAGAACCGCAACGCCUCACGCACGAGGAACUGGCCAACAAACAUUGGAACUACAUCGUUAGGUAUUGUAAAUUAAAAAAGCAAAGCUACAUCGACGACACAUUUCCGCCGAAACCCACCAGUCUCUACUACAACCCCGCCGAAGUGAAAGACUCUCACACAGUAAAAUGGCGUCGACUGAAAGAAAUAGUCGUGGACGAGGACAAGGAUCUACCGUGGGCGGUUUUUAGAAGACCGCAGCCAUCGGAUAUAUCUCAAGGGGUUUUGGGUAACUGUUGGUUACUGAGUGCCUUAGCAGUGCUUGCGGAACGAGAAGACCUGGUGCGAGCGGUUCUGGUGACUCGGGAUUUUUGUCAGCAGGGCGUUUACCAAGUGAGGUUAUGCAAAGAUGGCCACUGGACCACCGUGCUGGUCGACGAUUAUUUUCCAUGUGAUAGGAAGGGACACCUCUUCUACUCCCAGGCUAAAAGAAAACAGCUUUGGGUUCCUCUAAUAGAAAAAGCUGUAGCUAAAAUUCACGGUUGCUACGAAGCCCUGGUUUCUGGUAGAGCUAUAGAGGGGUUGGCAACCCUUACUGGAGCCCCAUGCGAGUCUAUACCCUUACAGGCAUCUUCUAUACCGGCCCCGGCCGAAGAAGAAUUGGACACUGACUUGAUAUGGGCACAGCUGCUAUCAUCCCGCCAAGCGAUGUUUCUAAUGGGGGCCUCUUGCGGGGGCGGCAACAUGAAAGUGGACGAAAUCGAGUACCACUCGAAAGGGCUUCGCCCCCGCCACGCUUACUCUCUACUCGACGUGCGCGACCUCGAAGGCCACCGCCUGCUCAAACUGCGCAACCCCUGGGGGCACUUUGUGUGGAAAGGCGACUGGUCGGAUAACUCGGAACUCUGGACGCGACGGUUGCGGAACGAUUUGAUCCCCGACGGGUCCGAAGACGGCACGUUUUGGAUUUCCUUUCAGGAUGUCUUGAAGUAUUUCGAUUGUAUCGAUAUUUGUAAGGCGAGGAAUGGCUGGAAUGAGGUCAGGUUGACUGGAAUUUUGCCGCCUUUGGCUUCGCAGAAACAUCUGUCUUGCAUUCUUUUGACGGUUUUGGAGCCUACGGAAGUCGACUUUACAUUAUUCCAGGAAGGGCAGCGUAAAUCCGAAAAAUCCCAAAGAUCGCAGCUGGACCUUUGCGUAGUUCUUUUCAAAGCAAGAAACGGUUCGAACAUUGGAAGUUUGGUGGAGCACAGCAAAAGACAGGUGAGGGGUUUUGUGGGUUGUAAUAAAAUGCUGGAAGCUGGAGAAUACAUUGUGGCGCCACUGGCUUUCAACCAUUGGCACACUGGACUGGAGGACUUUACGUUGUUUCCAAGGUAUGUGCUGGCCAUUCACAGCUCCAAAAAAAUCCUCGAAGAGCAAAUUUCGCCGCCAGAUGGCAUCCUAGCCGACGCGAUAAUUUCCUUGACAUUGGCGCGCGGGCAGCGUCACGAAGGUCGCGAAGGCAUGACCGCCUACUAUUUGACGAAAGGAUGGGCCGGAUUGGUCGUGAUGGUGGAAAAUCGUCACGAAAACAAGUGGAUUCACGUAAAAUGCGACUGCCAGGAGAGUUAUAACGUAGUGUCCACCAGAGGGACCCUCAGAACGGUGGAUUCUGUACCCCCGCUCACCAGACAGGUUAUAAUAGUUCUUACUCAACUUGAGGGCAGCGGUGGUUUUUCGAUAGCCCACCGUUUAACGCACCGUUUGGCAACACAGCACGGACUACACGACUGGGGCGAACCGGGGACAAGUCACAACCCCGAACUCGACUAUCAAACGAGCGGUUUGCACGGACCCCGUCUGUUUUGAUUUUAAACUUAAUAGAAAGUAAUUUUUUGCCAAUUGGCGAAAAAAUUGCAUUCUAUUUAUAAAAAAAGAGACGUUAUUUAAUUUUUAUCAAAGAAAAAACGACAUUUAUUUGUUGCACUAGACUGAAUCAAUUUUUCGAAAAUCUCAAUUAUUAAUCAAAAUGAUUUUUUUCGUUGUUAUAUUAUUAAAAUAGCACAUUUUUAUUAUUUUUAAAUUGUGCAGGGUUUCUCUAUGGUCAAGGUGUUUAGAAUAAUAGGUAGUCCUGUAAAUAUCGCCAAGGUACGCAAGUUAAUGUAUAAAUAUUAAUUUUGAUGGGACUCCCUGUAUAUCGACUGAUUUUUAAAACCAAAUUUAUUGUUUAUAUUUUAUUUCAAAUCAUCGUGGUUAAUACUUUUAAUAAUCAAUUAUACAGGGUGUUAAGUAGUGUUUUAGUAAAACUAAAACUUGGAACACCCUGUAAAAGGGCAAAAAUUGCCUGGAAGAUUUGAAAUAAAAACACCUUCAUAUUUUUAAAGAAACAAGACUUAUUUUCCUAUUGCCAUUCCUUUUUUUAACAAUUAAGAACACUGAAGACGAUUUAAAAAAGGGUAAAAAUUGGGUGCUAUUUUUGUUUUGUUUUUUUAUUAUUUAUUUGGAAUCUCUAUGUGCAAUAUUCAAUUAAUUUGAUAGAAAUAAGGGAUCAAGUUAUAUUAAAGACAAUAUAAAAAAUGUUCAGUGUUUUUAAUACAAAAAUUCAAUGUGAUUAAAAAAUAUUAUGUUACAUAAGUGUAGAUUUACUUAUGAUUUUGCUCUCUCGACACACAAUUGCAUAUAGCUAAAAAUUAUAUAGAUAGUAAGUACAAACUCAUUAAAUUAUUAUAAAACAAAAAAUAUAUUAAGCACCAAAAUUACUGAAUAAAAUUGUUAUUGUAAUUGUGUGUAUAUUACUAUAGUUUUCUCCAUUUCACAAAAAAAAUCACACCAGAACCUGCUGUGUUCAGUUAUAUUAUCGAGUAUAUAAAAACAAAAAAAAUGAUUGUAAAGUUAGCGUAACUAAGUAUGUUAUUGUUAUGUAAUUUAGUUACGUUGGCUGAAUAUUCGGUGUUUAUAGAGUAAAGUUUCAGUAUAAACAAAAAACUGCUUAUUUAGAUUGUACCGCGCGCAUACAGUUUGUGUGAAUUCGUACAGUUGUUAAGUAAUAAAGUAAGCUUUCAAUUAUA